CCUUCUUGGGCCUCUGUAUAAAACCAGGCUCCGCCCUCACCUCAGCUUUUUGGCUGGACCAGGAAGUAGAACUCCUGAAAAGGGAGGAACUGUCAACGGCCGCUGUGUCUAAAUGAAGAGGUUCAGCCAUGCACUGUUCCGUGAAGUCCGUGAUUUUGCUGGCUUUGACCUCCAUCGCCAUCCAGUACACGGCCAUCCGGACGCUCACCUCCAAGCCUUUCCAGCUGUGCCCGCUGCCCAACCCCCAAAACUGCGGCCUGGCCGGCCAAGACACAGAGCCUCCCUCUGAGCGGGCAGCGGCAGCAGGCGGAGGCUGCGAUGAAUUGCCUAACUUGUCCGUAAAUGCCACACGUAAAACACACAUCCUGAUCCUGGCCACCACUCGCAGUGGCUCGUCCUUCAUUGGGCAGCUGCUCAACCAGCACCAGGACGUGUUCUACCUGUUUGAGCCUCUUUACCACGUUCAGACCGCACUGCUUCCGCGUCUGUCCACCUCCCGCUUUGCCACAGAGCGCCGUUUGAUGCUGGGUGCCAGUCGAGACCUCUUGCGGAGCAUAUGUAGUUGCGAUCUCUAUUUCCUGGAGAGCUAUAUCAAACCGACGCCCGCAAACCACACCACGGAUAAACUGUUCCGCCGCGGCGUCAGCCAAGCAUUGUGCCAGCAACCCGUGUGUGAUGCCUUUGGUCCUGCUGCCGUUAAUGUGGAGGAAGGGGAAUGCAUUAAGAAAUGUGGCUCUCUAAACAUGACCUUAGCAACAGAGGCGUGCCGCAAGAAACGGAACGUGGCGAUCAAAAUUGUGCGUGUGCCAGAAAUCGAAGAUCUACGAGCUUUGGUGGAGGACCCGCGGCUGAAUAUUAAAGUCAUUCAACUCGUCAGAGACCCGCGUGGUAUCCUGUCGUCACGGAUUGAGACAUUCAGGGAUGCGUAUCGUCUGUGGCGCAUUUGGAGGGCAACAGGGAGAAGGCCCUAUAAUUUAGACCUGAGUCCGUUCACGGUGCUCUGUGACGAUUAUAUCAGUUCCAUUUCAACUGGUCUCAGCCAUCCCUCUUGGCUCAAAGGCAAGUACAUGUUGGUUCGCUACGAAGAUUUGGCUAGAAACCCACUGGCCAAGACGAAGGAGAUCUACGACUAUCUGGGGCUGUCGAUCGACAAAAACGUGGAAGAUUGGAUACAGGCAAACACUCAGGGCGCCAACGAGCCCUCGACGAAACACAAGUUCAGCACAGUGAGGGAUUCGGCAGCGAACGCGGAGAGCUGGCGCUUGAAACUGUCGUACGACAUGGUGGAAUACACACAGACCGUGUGUCCGAAAAUAUUUCCCCAGCUGGGAUACAAAACUGUGAGAUCAGCGGAGGAGCUGAAAAAUAUGUCCCUCUCACUGGUGCAGGACAAAAGUUUUGUACCUUUUUUGUAAUGAAGAUAGCUCUCUGAUGACUAUUUUUGAUAUAUUUAUAAUUGUUGCCUUAUGAUUUCCUUGGUUUGUUUGUUUCUCUUUCUGUUUUGUUUCGUCAGAUUUGCACUAAACUUUAAAGACAUGGAAUGCACCGAGGGAUCUAUGGAUUAUUCCCCAAUGUUACAGAACAGCACACUUAAAACACAAAGCUAGUUUACAAAUGUCUUCUCUUUUUUUUUUUGUUGUUGUUUAUUCAUCAUCUCUAGAACCAAGAUAAGACGCUGUCCUCAUUCAUUCCCUGUAUGCAAGCUGUUGUUUCAACAUGUUUUAUACCUGUGAUGGAGAAAUUGGACUGUACAAGCCCAACUGUGCAAUAAAUGGUGAAUGUUGCAGUCAA